GAUCUUUGGUUGUAGAAGGUAAAAAAAUUACAAUUUUUGUAAACAUGGAGCCAUGUGCUAUGAAGUGGUGGAAAGAAUCGUGAUAAACUGACAGGAUGUCUGAGGAUAGUUCAUUGCAGCUUAAUUUCUUCGUUGGAGAUGAAAAACGUUCAAGACAUAAAACAAGUUACAGCAACAAGCGGGGAGCAAGAAUAAAACAGAGAAGAAAGCAGAAAGCAGACUCCAGGCUAGUGCACAGUCAGAAUGAGUCCAGGCACAGGGAAUUCAAAGAUACACCCCAGGAAACAAAUAAUGAAAAACAGUCCCAGAAUAGUGUUCGCAAGGGGCAAAUUGACUCUGAAAAGAGUGCUGUAAUUUCACCCCCAUCUUUGAAGAGAAAACGCCCAGCAGAAUCCGAAGGAGUGCCUCACAAGAAAGAGAAACAGGAAAAUAAAGUGUUCAUUUCUUCUUUGUUCAGAUUCAACCCGGAAAUUCCAACUGUCGAAAAGUCAGCUGUCACAAAGAAAACAGAGGAUGUGUUUUCUUCAAAAUACUUCAAAGACCUAGAUAUACACCCCUUCAUGAUUUCAAAUUUAGAGGAAAGAUUUAAGAUAACACAGAUGACAACGGUUCAGCAGAGGGCUCUUCCCUAUGUUCUCGGUGGUCGCGAUAUUCUGGUGAAGUCUCAGACCGGAUCUGGUAAGACCCUAACAUUUGCAAUGCCUUUAGUACAACACUUACAAGGACUCGCUCCAAAGAUAUCAAGAAUGGAUGGAGUACAGGCCCUUGUUAUUGUUCCCACGAGGGAGCUGGCCAUUCAGUGCUUUGAGACUUUCAAGAAACUUGUAAACCCUUUCCAGUGGAUAGUGCCAGGUUGUUUAAUGGGAGGUGAAAAACGGAAAUCAGAAAAAGCCAGACUGCGGAAAGGGAUGAACAUUUUAGUGUGUACACCGGGACGACUGUUGGACCACAUCAAGAACACCAACAGUCUGAGUUUAAACAAGGUCAAAUGGCUGGUGGUGGAUGAGGCAGACAGGAUGUUGGAUCUUGGGUAUGAGAAGGAUGUUGGAGAAAUCAUCAGUGCUCUUGACACAGAGACUCACAGACAGACAGUACUGCUCUCAGCCACUUUGUCAGAAGGUGUAGAGAGACUAGCUGGAAUGUCGCUAAGAGAUCCAAUCAGAUUAGACGUCAAUUCUGGGGAGGACGACUCGCAGAGUGAAACUGUACCCAACAAUUCACAGGAGAAACCCGAGAACUUUGUCGUUCCUGAAAAACUCAAACAGAAUUUUGUGAUCACACCUUGCAAACUGAGAUUGGUGACUCUGACGGCCUUCAUCCUCCUUAAAAUGAAGAUGAUGAAUAGCCCAGGGAAGAUGGUGGUGUUCCUAUCCACCCAGGACUCAGUGGAGUUUCACUACAAACUGAUGAAUCAUUUCUUUGGAGGGGAAGAAACUGAGGACAAUGCUAAUCUGGCAGAGGAGGGGGACAUCGACUUCUUCAAACUGCAUGGUGACAUGCCUCAAAAGGAAAGGACUCAAGCUUAUCAGGAGUUCAGCUCAUCCAAGACAGGAGUGUUGUUUUGUACAAAUGUUGCCUCUCGGGGCCUACACUUGCCUGACGUGAGGUGGAUUGUUCAGUAUACCACCCCUGGGGCUGUACAAGACUACGUCCAUCGGGUGGGCAGAACAGCCCGGGUGGGUAAGCAGGGUCAUGCCAUCCUCUUUAUCAUGCCAGCUGAGGUGGAAUAUCUGAAAUCUUUGGCAAGUCAUGGAAUAAGUAUGGAAGAAAUCAGUAUGGCUGACAUUCUGAAGACAUUAAUGAUUGCAGUUAAAGACAUGGUUUCUGAUUCAGAGAGAACACCACCCAAAACAUAUGAAGAGUGUGCCACCUACAUGCAGCUUUGCUUUGAAAAUUAUGUUAUAGAGGACAACAAAAUGUCGCAGAUGGCCAGAAAAGCCUUCCAGUCAUUUGUGAGAGCCUAUGCAACAUACCCUUCCAGCAUGAAGACGAUAUUCCACAUCAAAAACCUACACCUAGGCCACCUGGCCAAGAGUUUUGGAUUACGAGAUGCGCCCUCCAAUAUCCGAGAUAAAACAGGAAAACAUAAAAUGUCUUUAAAGAAACAAAAAACAAAGACAAAACAGAAAAGAUUUGGUUCUGACAGUGAUACACACAGAAAGCCUCUUUCCUCAUCAGUGACCAUAUCAGAGUUUUCCAGUGGAUUAGAUAAUGGAAGAUUGCCAAAGAAAAAACAUUGACAUAUAUAUAUAUAAAAGAUAUGAUCUACAAUUAUAAAGCAUGUUUUAAUGUUACACUAAAAACUUGUUAUUUAUUUUGAUUCUGACAUUGCAAAUCAAAUAUCAGAACAAAAACCAAAGUAUGACAUUAAAGGAACUGAUUCAUGAUUUUCCUCAAAAUUUUGUUUUUCACUUUAAAUGAUCAAAAUCUAUAGUCUAAUAUAUUUAGAAGGUUUUACAAAAAAAUUAAGGUUAUUCAUCAUGACAAGCUCAUUUUAGAGAGUUUAGUAUUUGUUUUGAAAACAAAGAUUGAUGUGUGUUAUUGUUUACGGUGUUUUCAAAAUAAAUGAAUAUUGGCCAAGUUUAUUAUAUUUAUCACAUCUUAAGUAUACUUAAGGUAAAAUGUGUCAUUUAAAAGUUAAAUUUUGUGACUGUACAAAAUGAAGAUGCUUUAAAUAACAAAAUUAACUUUUCACUGGUUGGUUUGUUUACAUAAAAUGACUCGAGUCUUUGUUUACAUAACAUAGAAUCAAAGCUAAAAUAUUGCUCUUAUCCUUGCUACAGACGGUCCAAAUUUUGAUUGUCAACAUUAAAUGAGCUAUAUUUUAAAUUUUUAACAUAAAAAAUGAAAAACAUUUCUUUUGAAAAACGUGAACCAGUCCCUUUAAGUAUUGAAAAAAUACUAUAACUUAGGUUGUACUUGGGUAAUAUUGAAAUCAUAGCAUACUUGUUUCAAUUACAAACCGAAAGCCUCCCUAAUGUGGGAGUCAAAAAUUACUAUAGAUCUAUAAAUAUAGAUAUGACCAAAAUAUCAAUAUGUCAGAACUUAUGUAAUAAAUGCCUAGUUUUUGUGUAAUAUGGGGGAAUAAGAAAAAUGGAAGCAAGGAAAGAUUUCCUAAUCAGUUAUCUCGCAGAAAUAAUCCAUGUGUCUGUUGUUUUCAUUUCCCCAUAAUACAAACAUUUUACACAUUUAAUUCCGAAUAGAAAAAUAAAAUACAAUAAAGCAGCAUUAUUUAGUUUAUUUACCUAAGCCUCUGGGUAUUUAGGCUCUUCCCACUAUGAACUUGAUUUUUUAUAAUUAUAACUAUAAAAUCUAGCUUAUUUAACAUAUUUAGACAUUUUAGAUUUUUCGGUGUGCAGAAAUACAAAUAGCAUGAUUUAUCCCAAAGGUGACAGAGUUUAGGGAGUUGGAGGUUUGGCAAUACUUUUGAAAUGAAAAUGAACAUGUAAAAACUUCAAUGUAAUGAACUUGUUCAGUCAUUGUUGAUUUGUACAUAUGCACACAUAUAUUUGGAAAACAAUACAUUCAAAUGAUCAACAUUUUAUGUAAAGACUAGUCAUUUGUAAAAUAUGUGUAAUUGUACGAAAUAUUUCUGUAAAACCUGUACAGAUGUGAACAUUCCCUAAAUACAAGGAAAUGUGUUUAUUGCUAUAGAAGAAUUACAUGGAUCUUGGUAGUUUGAGUAUUCUAAGUUGAGUUUGAAUGUUCUUUUUUUUAAAGUUCAUGAAUCAUUUGGACUUAAAUGUGGGUGGGUUCAACUGAGAUAUCGUUAUGAAUAUGUGAAAUAAGAAAAAGUUUGAAUGUUGCAGGUAAUGCUAGAUUGACCUUUGUUUAUACAAAAUGAUGAAAGUUUUUGUUUUGUUCUGGUAUACAAUACUGGUAAAUUUUGAGAGAUUCCCCAUUACUCCUCCGUUACUACAAGUACACUUUUCUGUACUCCUCGAUGUCACUCUGACAAGUGGGACAGCAUUUUGUCCUUGUCAUGAUAGAUUCCACACACUGGGUACAAAGUUGCAGAUGUCCACAUGGAAAAACAGCUGCAUUUCUCUGUCUGUCAAAGCAGACUACACAGACUGUGUCCUCCACAUCAUCUCUGAUGUGUCUCCUGCGGACCACUGUUGUGUUAAUGGUUCUUGAGAGACUAUUUCUGCCAUUCACAUCUGUCACCUCGGUUUCUGAGCUGUCAUUACUGCAGUCUGUCUCUGCAUCUGUUUCACUUUCAAUUUCUUCAUUCUGAAUUUGAAUAUAAUUGAUAGCUUUCCUGUGUAAUCCACGCCUUUUAGGCAGUCGCACUACGAGUCGUUCUCCCUGGAAUACUGCUGCUGCUAUUUCGGGUGACCUUCUCUUAGAUUGUCUAUGCUCUAAUUCUCGCACAGCAUUCCUGUCAUUGUCCUCGGAAGCCAUGUUGAUUUCUGCUUCUUCCAUGCUGUUCUCUUCAUUCUCAUUUUCAUGGUUUUCAUAUUCCAUUCUUCUGUUCACUUCACGAAUCGUAUUUCUGUUAUUGUCAUCAACUUCAUUAGAGGUGGCAUUUGAGAAAAAUCUUUCUGUCCAUAAAACACAUAAACAAAAUAAACAGAAACAAAAUACCCAGCUCAAUGCUGUAAGGAAAACAUUUCCAGUGCCAAAUAUUCCUUUCAGAACUUGCUUCACCACCCAAAUUAAAAAGGAUGUCACCAUCAUCACAAGUUUUAGUACCGACGGUAGGCAUGCAAUGCACACGGAAACAAGUUGAUUCGAUAAUUCAAACAGGAAUCCAAUCGUAGUGAAAAGUGUGUAUCCAAUCGCUUUCAAUAGCGAAACCGUGAAAUCGAAGAAAAAGUUUUCAUGAAAAGCGAAUGUUGCCAACCCUAAAGCAGAUGUUAUCAGCAAAGCCAAGGAUACGGUACCCAUGAAAACAAAAAUCAUUGUGCUUGCUUCUUAUUUUUCACAUAUGUUAGCCUGUCUACUUUCACUUU